CCGCAUCCAGGCACCGGACCUCCGAGGAGCCUCUCUCCGCUCUGCUGCCGUCACUAGUCGCUCGUUUCAGGGAUGUCUCCGUCCGCGUCGCCCCGGUUCUUCUCGGAGCGGGAGGUGGCCCGACACCGCACCGCGGACUCGUGCUGGGUGCUGCUGGGGACGCGGGUCUACGACGUGACCGCCUUCCUGCGGAUGCACCCGGGCGGCGAGGCGCUCAUACGCAGCCGCUCCGGCAAGGACGUGAGCCAGGAGAUGGAGGGACCCCCGCACCGGCACUCGGAGAACGCCCGGCGGUGGAUGGAGCAGUACUACAUCGGGGAGCUGGACAGAGACGGCGGCGCCCAGGAGGCUCAGACUUUGAGAGAGAGGACGAAAACCAGCGACCAGACGGACGGGAAGACGGCAGGAAAGACGAAGGCGGAGGACGACGAGGACUCGCCGUACAGCCGCUGCAGCUCCGUGGAUCUGGAGAAGGAUCUGGUUGACUGGACCAAGCCGCUGGCCUGGCAGGUGGGGCACCUCGGGGAGAAGUACGACGCCUGGGUUCACCAGCCGGUCGACCGGCCCAUCAGGCUGUUUGGAAACCCCUUCAUGGAGGCCAGCACCAAAACCUCCUGGUACUGGGUUCCGGUGGUGUGGCUCCCCAUCGUGUUCUAUCUCAGCUGGUUCUGCUACACCUCGCUGGCACAGGGCACCACCAGGAUAGAGCUCACGUCAGACUUCUCCAUCCCGGUCCAUAAGUACAUGUUCGUGCCGCUGUUUCUGCUCGGCUGGUUCUUGUGGUCCUUCAUCGAGUACUGCAUCCACCGCUUCAUCUUUCACAUGAGACCUCCGGCCCAUAACUACUACCUCAUCAUGCUGCACUUCCUCCUGCACGGACAGCACCACAAGUCUCCGUUCGACGGCUCCCGGCUGGUCUUCCCUCCCGGCCUGGCCUCCAUCGUGGUGGGAGGCUUCUACGUGCUCCUCCGCAACACGCUGCCGGAGAUCCUCGGGGCGUCGGUGUUCGUCGGAGGCCUCUGCGGCUACGUCGUGUACGACAUGAUCCACUACUACCUGCACUACGGCUCACCAAAGAGAGGCUCGUACAUGUACGGCCUGAAGGCGUAUCACGUCAAACACCACUUUGAGCACCAGAGAGCAGGCUUCGGCAUCACCAGCACGUUCUGGGAUUACCCCUUCAACACAGUGAUCCCCGAUGAGAAGUUCUAGCGUUGGAACGGCUCCGCUGAAGGGCGGCAGGACUUAUCAGCCUCCUCCUUAGCAACCCACACGCUCUGUUCGCCUCCCGACACCAAGCAAGACUCUCCUGGGCCCCUGCAGCUAAUCGCACGCUAACCGGUCUGCACUAUUUACUCACCGUGAUCCUCCCCCAAAGGCCUCUCUGUGCCAUUUGUAACCACCAAACUCCUUCACCUGCCAAGAUUUCGCCACUUAGAGGAAGACGCAUUACGUGCACACGUUUGAGGGAAACGUAGAAACCUGCAGGGCUCAUCGAAACUCACGUAAUAAUUAAGAAAAAUACGAUUUUAACAGCCGAAUGAAUGUGCAUGAAUGUAAAAUCUGUUGUAGAUGGAAAAGCAAGUGAUAGAAGGUAGGUGAAUGUAGGACAAAAACAGUGAUGGAAAGUGUGAUUGUGUGUGAAAAAACUCAGGAAAUAUCUCUACCUGCAUGUCACAGCUUGUGUUCCUCUUUGUUUUGCUGCUGCUGCUGCUGUCGACCGACUCCUCCGGUCUCCAGGAAACCCUUCCGGUUCACUUGUUAAUUUAUUAAUUAUCCUCCGAAGCUGCAGAGGCGAGAUUACACUGUAGUGUGCUGACGUACUGUUCGGAAAAACACAAAAACCAACACUGUGGAGAUAUAUUUUUGCAAGUCUGUUGUUAUGUUUGUUUGUUUUUUUUCCUCGUUAAUGAAACGACAAAGAUGUAAAAAUAAAAUAAUGAUCAUUUUGUAAGAUGUUUUGUACAGAAGGAGAUCAGAUAUAUAGAGAAGCAGAGGAAGAGGACGAUGGCGGAUGCAAUGUUCGGAUGGAUUUAGAUCCGAGGGAUGAUGGGAGUUUGGGGCGUUGUCAUGGCGACGGAGGAGACGGAGCUGGAGGCAUGAAGCCCGGGCCGUCGGGCCUCCUGCUGGGGGGACGUCGGAGGCCGAGAAAAGUUUGUAGACAUCGUACUCGGCCUCCGACGAUCCUCGCGGGAUGAAGACUCAGCGUCUGACUCGACAGCAGGAGGUCUCCAUGGCGACGGGCGGAUCCUCGAAGACAAAAAAAACAAAAAAACAACAAAAAAACGUCUCCUCCUAAAAAAACAACAACACCCAAACGCAGAACAAAACUUACUUUUUACACAAAUAACUAGAGCACAGAGAGGAAAAAUCUAAAUCAUGUUCUAUUUUCUAGCUUGAAUACAGAUUUACAUCAUCAUAUAUACAUGUGUGUGUAUAUUCAUGUAGUCUCACCUGAAUGUUGAAUAACGUGCAAAAUCCGACUCUUGUGAAGAAGAGAAAACUCUGUUUGCUUUCUCUGUCAAUGCAGCAAUAAUGAUGAAGUCUUCAGGUUAAUGUUCAAAGAUUUUUGUGACCAAAUCUAAUAUAAAAGGUUAAACAGGGCUUGCUGGGUUGAGCGAAAUUCCAAAUGUGUCAUGUUGUCUACAGAUAUCCCUUAAUAUUAAAAAACAACAAAAAAACACUUUGAUAUGUUGAUUAUGAAAUGUUUUGUUUUUGUUUCCAGAAAGAACCAAAAAAAAAUAAAGUCAAAUCUCUAUUUUUGAUGCUUGUAAUGACGUCGGAGACCAAACUAAUGACGAUGUGAUUGUCGACGGCUGCUCGUUGAAGUGAAAUGAUUCCACCUGCCGGGUCCUAUUUAUGUGUAUUUAAAGAUGGAAACAGCAGCUCUGAUUCCGACACCAGACGACUUUUUUUUCCUUUUGUGCUAAAUGACGACGUAAAAAGAGAUGAAAUAACGUUUUCCUAAAUCUGUUUACUUAAAUAUCUAAUAACUAUAUUUUGGAAUUUUAAAUGUCUAUGCAAAUGCAAACGUGUUUGUAAAUAAAUGUCUGUAUAUUUCUGA